GCAUUUAUCCAACGGUCAUGAAUGCAGCGUGCAGUUUUUCCCACAAUCCCACAAUGCACCGCAGCUAAUGCUAAAUAGCCGUUUCCAUAGAGACGCUGCUGUCUGUUUGGUUGAAGGGAUGCCACACGGAUGAAAAAAGCCUUUCAUAUCACAAAGACACGAAUUAUCUGGAGGAGAUGUCUCAACUGUCAGCUGAAGACGAGGUGGAGUUGCAGUCUCUGCUCAAGCAGCUUCUGAUAAGCGUCAACGACAGGAUCUCUGGCGCGCCGUCGACCGAAUGUGCCGAAGAGAUCCUUCUUCAUCUGGAGGAGACGGACAAGAACUUCCACAAUUAUGAGUUUGUGAAGUACCUACGCCAGUAUGUGCAAAGCUCCCUGGGGACUGUGGUGGAGGAGGAAACCAAGAACUUGACCAGAGGAGAGGGACAACAUACCAUUGGCUCAGGUCACGACAAUUUGAUCCACGCCAUCACCCGCAGGACACGAGACUCAGCUGAGUUCCAGCAGAUGAUGCUGACCUUGAAAAACACCAUGGUCAUGGUGGUGGAGUCUUUGAUCAACAAGUUUGAGGAGGACCAGAUGAGGAAGGAGGAGCUGCAGCGCAGUCAGUCAAACAGCCAGUACAUCGACAACUGCUCUGAUAGCGACUCCUCCUUCAACCAGAGUUAUGCGUUCCUCAGACAGGAGCAGCUGCAAGUCUUGGCGGAAAAACUUGACGCCAGCAAACCCAAAGAGGUGCGCCGGCAGGCUCUGCAGGCGCUCUGCUGCGCGCCUCCCUCCGACGUGCUGAGCUGCGAGAGCUGGAGCAGCCUGCGCAGGAAGCUCUGUGCGGCUCUGACCGAGCCCGACCCCGACCUCAGCGAUAAUGUGCUGCAGUUCUUUGCUAAAAGUUUCUCCUCCUGUCCCCUGAACGUGACACGAGAGAUCUACACCAGUUUAGCUAAAAGUGUCGAGUCAAGUUUUGCGUCUCAAAAGCUGAGCUUCCCAUCAGGCUCGGCCUCCGUCGACAUUAACAGACCUGAGGUCGUUCGUCUCCUCAAACAGAUUCGACUGAUGAACGACUUUCAGAAGGAGGUGACGACCUUUUGGAUCCGUCACCCAGAGAAGUACAUGGAGGAAGUCAUCGACAGCACCUUCUCCCUCUUGUCCUUCCAUCAUGAACUCGGCUCCAACUCCUCUGGAACAGAAAAAGUCCUGGAACCAAUUCACUUACUGGCCUUACUGGAUAUUAAAGCCACCUGGUUUAACAAGUGGAUGCAUGGCUACUACAGCAGGACUGUGGUUCUUAGACUCCUGGAGAAAAAAUACAAGUCUCUGAUCGUCGCGGCUCUUCAGUGCUGUGUCCAUUACAGCGAGUGCUGUGUGAGAGUGGAUCCCCAGCCAGCCGAGCAGCAGAGCACCGCUCAGAGAAGCGUUUACUCGGGGAAGGAGCUCGAGUACGCCGUCUUUGUCCACUCUCUGUGUUUCCUGGGAAAAGUCCUCGUCUACACCAACGGAAGAAAACUCUUCCCAAUGAAAGUGCGGAAGCGCAAAGAUCCGGUCAGCCUCACGGACCUGGUCGUUAUCCUGAUUCACAUCAUGUACCAACACCCGCGGCCUCCGCACGGUGACCCCUCCUCCUCCUCCUCCUCCUCCCCACACACAGACUCCCUGUCGCCCUGCAGUCUGGUGAUGGAGGUGCUGUGGGCGCUGUGUGAGAGGACGGAGUGUGCCGCCGAGUGUCUGUACCAGCCCGCCGUCAUAGAGACGCUGAUGACUCCUGUUAUAGCUCUGCUCAACGGUCAACAGUGCAAAUUAAAAACGCCGGCAGCCACGCUCACCCUCAUCGCCGACAUCCUCGCGCGCAUCGCAAACACCGACAGAGGAUUAGCGCUCUUCUUGUACGAGAGGAAUCUCCUCGUGGCGCCGCACAGCGAGAGAAGCUCCGCCGCGCUCGUGGUCGUCCGGUUCACGCUGCGGCUGCUGAACAAGGAGCUGCCGUCGCUGAGCGAGUCCGAGGCGCCGCCCGCGCCGUGUGGGGCUUUCAUCUUCGUCUGCAGGCAGAUGUACAACACCUGCGAGGGCCUGCAGGUCCUCAUGCCCCACGGCCUGCACACGGCUGUCGCUGCUGCGUGGAAAAAGACCAGUUCCUUAUCGGACAGGACACCCACGCCAGUACCUGGAAUCACGGCUGUUGCGUCUUCUUCCCAGGAACUGCAGGAAAGGCUCAUCUGGGAAGAGACAUUGUUGGACAGCCUGCUGAACUUCGCUGCCACUCCUAAAGGCCUGCUGCUGCUCCAGCGGACGGGCGCCAUUAACGAGUGCGUCUCCUACAUGUUCUCCCGCUUCACUAAAAAACUGCAGGUGAGCCGCUGUGAGAAGUUUGGUUACGGUGUGAUGGUGACACAGGUGGCGGCCACUGCUCCUGGUGUGGCAGCGCUGCACUCGUCAGGUUUCGUCCGGGCGCUGGUGGUUGAGCUGUGGUCGACUCUGGAGUGUGGAAUCGAGGACGUGAGGGUGGUCCGUCCCAAACCGACACCCAUGGACCCCAUCGACAGGAGCUGCCACAAGUCCUUCCUGUCCUUGGUCAACCUGCUCUCCUCGUCGCGGUCGGUGUGGGAGCUGCUGGGUCAACAGCCGUUAGCCAACAAGCGCGAGUACACCCUGAGAGAAAUGCCGACCUCCGUCCCCGAUUUGAUUGACAGGCUGAUCUCUGUGGACUCGGACGCAAAGAUUCAUUCGCUGUUCCACUACGAGCAGUCUCACACAUUUGGCCUGAGACUGCUCAGCGUGCUGUGCUGUAAUCUGGACUCGUUCCUGCUGCUGGAGAGCCAGUACAACAUCUGCUCCACGCUGCUGCGGAGUCAGAGGGAGAACGUCGCCGUGCCAGGCGCAGACGACGGGACGUUCAUCAUCGACAGUUUGUCCGUGGAGAGGAAUCACGUGCUUGUUCGCGUCAGUGUGGUGGGAGGUCCAUCAGAGAGGCGGCUUCCUCCUCGAGCGCUUCAACAGGGUGACGAUCCUUAUCCGUGGCCCAUGUUUUCCAGCUACCCUCCGCCUCCCUGCUACACGCUGAAUCCACCGAAGAUCCUCCAUAACUCACAGGACUCUGAGUUUGCUGCAUUUCUGGCCUCGGCGAAAGACGCAAAGACCGACGAGAGCUGGAUGGCGACGUGUCGCAGGCUGUACUGCAGAGUCAUGACCUCUAAACCCGCCGUCGCCGUCACCGGACAGGUGCUGGCUGACCUCCUGGACAAGGUUGUGGCUCAUCUGUCCAGCUCCACCACAGAGUGUUUCUUCUCUCCGGCUCAGUACAAAGCGGAGGAGACGAGCGUGGAGAGCGCCGCAUUAUCGUCUGCGGAACAGCUGGGAAUCAACACAUGUCUCAGGUACGGCAGAUACCUGAGCCUCCUAGAAGACGACAACGCUGCUGCCAACGCCUUGACGCUGCUAAUGAAACACCUGAAGGUUUUCUUGUCCUCACAGAGAAUUAAAAGUUCCUCAGAGCUCGUCACUCAGCAGGAUUAUUAUUAUCCAGGACACGACUGGCUGGCCUCCACAGUUUUCCUCAUCAUGGCCGCGGACGUGGACAGAUCUCUGCGUCUGCUGCUCAGCCUCUCCGCUCUGCUCACCUCCGCGUUCGUCUGGCCUGCAGGGACACACGCGUCCGUCCGGGUUCCUGCGGCCGCUGAGUCGGGGAUCUCGCCCGUGUACUGGUGCACGGCUCACUACGUGGAGAUGCUGCUGAAAGACGAGGUCCCUCUGGUCCAGUCGGCCUUCAGGAUGUCUGGAUUCACACCAUCACAGAUGUGCCUCCACUGGCUGACUCAGUGUUUCUGGAACUACCUGGACUGGACUGAAAUCUGCCACUACGUGUCCACCUGUGUGGUGAUGGGCGCCGACUACCAGGUUUACAUGUGCGUGGCCAUUUUCAAACACCUGCAGCGUGAGAUCCUGCAGCGCACGCAGUCCCAGGAGCUGCAGGUUUUCCUCAAGGAGGAGCCAAUCCAGGGCUUUCGGGUGGGCAGUUACCUGGAGUUCAUGGAGGGACUGGAGACAAAAUACAGAGACCUUGUUCUCACAGACAUGAAAACUAUACGAAACCCUGUAGGGUAGGACCAUGUUGUUUUGUGAGUGAAUUGUAAAAAAAUGGGAAUUAGUCAAUGUCUAAUCUGUCUUAACGUCCCUGCUUCUUGGUUUAGAAGAACCUGUAAGUAUCUGCUGACAUGGAAUCCUGUAAAUAAUAAGAAAAUCAUUCAAUUUCUGACACAAAACACCACCGUACGUGUAGAGUGUGUCUUCCACAGUGUCAUACUGAUCAUGAACGAAAACCUAAAAUUAUUCAUUCUUUGAUAAUGCUGAGGGAAACCAAUCAUGUGUACAAUUUCUUCAAAUAACUAUAAAAAAAAUAGCACAGCCUUAAAGACAUGACAACUCUAGAAAAUAAAAGUCUUAUUUAUACCAC